UUUUGUAGUUUCGAUUUUUUCGUCAUUUUUGUUAUUUUUAAAUUAUGUUUUCGCGUAGAGUAGCAGUAACAGGUUUAGGCUUAGUAACACCAUUGGCGACAGGAGUGAGAGCUUCCUGGAAAAAAUUGAUAAAUAGUGAAAGUGGAAUAAUAUCUUUAAAAUCAAGUCAACCACCAAAUAAUGAACCUUAUAAAAAUAAUUCAACAUAUUUACCAUAUUAUGAAAGAGAGAAAGGAGUAUUUAAUGAGUUACCUUCAACUAUAGCUGGUGUAAUUAAACCUGGUAAAUACGAGGACGGUGGGUUUGAUACGAAUGAAUGGUUGGAUCGUGGGGACGAAAGUAGAAUGGCAUUAUUUUCGCAUUAUGCCAUUUGCGCAGCAAAACAAGCAUUGAAUGAUGCAGAAUGGAAACCUACAGCCGAUUCUGAAAAAGAUAGAACUGGAGUUUGUAUCGGAUCAGGAAUUGGAAGUCUUGAAGAUGUUGUAUCAAAUACUAUGAAGUAUAAUGCUCACGGAUCAAGAAAAGUUAGUCCAAUGUUUGUACCAAGGAUAUUAAUAAACAUGGCAGCAGGACAUUUAACCAUGAAAUAUGGAUUUCGUGGGCCAAACCACGCAGUGUCAACAGCUUGUACAACAGGAGCUCAUUCAAUAGGAGAUGCAAGUAGAUUUAUACAAUUCGGGGAUGCUGAUGUCAUGGUUGCAGGAGGAUCAGAAGCAUGUGUUUUACCAUUAGCUAUGUCAGGAUUUGCAAAAGCAAAAUCUUUGGCGACAAAGUUUAAUGACCAACCCGAAAAAGCAUCAAGACCAUUUGAUAAAGAUCGCGAUGGAUUUGUUGUAGGCGAAGGGGCUGGAAUGGUAGUACUUGAAGAAUAUAAUCAUGCAAUUAAUCGAGGAGCAAAAAUUUAUGCGGAACUAAGUGGAUAUGGUUUAUCCGGGGAUGCUCAUCAUAUAACAGCUCCUCCCGAGAAUGGUAUUGGAGCUGAAUUAGCAAUGCGUAGAGCAUUAUCACAAGCUAAAUUAUCACCAAAAAAUAUUGAUUAUAUUAAUGCACAUGCAACUUCAACUCAACUAGGUGAUAUCGCCGAAAAUCGAGCAAUUAAAUCAAUAUUUCAACAAAGUGAUAUUGAUAAUAAUAAGAAACUUGCGAUAUCUUCAACUAAAGGAUCAAUAGGACAUUUAUUAGGAGCGGCAGGAGCAGUUGAAGCGAUCUUUACAAUUUUAGCAAUUUAUAAUGAUAUUCUUCCACCAACAUUAAAUUUACAUUCAUUAGAUGAUUUAAAAGAUUCAUAUAAUUUUAAUUAUGUACCAUUGAAAGCUCAAAAAGUUGGUGGGAAUGGUAUCAAAGCUGCGUUAACUAAUUCUUUUGGAUUUGGUGGAACUAAUGCUUGUUUAUGUUUUGUUAAAAUUUGAAUAAUUUGAAUAAUUAGAAUUAUUUGUAUUAUUAGAAUUAUUUACUAUUCAUUCACAAUAACUCAAAAACCAUUCAAACUAAUUCAAAUAAUUCAAUAAUUCAAAAGUAACUCAAAUAAUUCAAAGUAACACAAAAAA